AUGACGAAAAGUGCAACCCAACGUGCAAAAGAAUCUGAAUACAAAGAUAACAUCUAUGUAGAUAGAGCUAAACAUUUUUGCCGUUUAUGUAAAGAAGUUCUUGAUCAUAAAAAAAAAAGUACACUUGACAAUCAUUUUAAAUCUAAAAAACAUAAAAAAAAUGUGCAAAAUAGCAAUAACAAUUUACAAAGGACUUUAACUGUAACUAUUCAGCAGUUUAUGUCUGAUAAAGAUCAAAUUAAUUGUGAUUUG